AUGGUCACUGCACACCCUCUCCCUGAAGGCUUCACUGAAAUAGAAGUGUUUGCCAUUGGCACUGCCCUGCUGGUAGAAGCCCUGCUUGGUUUCUGUCUGAAUGGCUUGACAAUUAUUUCUUUCCGAAAAAUCAAAGAGCUCCGAACGCCCAGCAAUCUGCUGGUUCUCAGCAUUGCCCUGGCCGACUGCGGGAUUUGCAUCAACGCCUUCAUCGCUGCCUUUUCCAGCUUCCUCAGAUACUGGCCCUAUGGCUCCGAUGGCUGUCAAAUCCAUGGAUUCCAUGGCUUCCUGACAGCACUGGCCAGCAUCAGCUCCAGCGCUGCUGUCGCCUGGGACCGAUACCAUCACUACUGCACAAGGAGCAGGCUGCAGUGGAGCACAGCUGCCUCCAUGAUGGUGUUCGCAUGGCUGUUUGCUGCCUUCUGGGCCCUGAUGCCCUUACUGGGGUGGGGAGAAUACGACUACGAGCCCCUCCGAACCUGCUGCACCCUGGACUACAGCAAAGGGGACAGAAACUAUGUCACAUUCCUUUUUGCUCUGUCCACUUUCAAUUUCAUGAUCCCAGGCUUCAUCAUGAUGACAGCCUAUCAGUCCAUACACCAAAAGUUCAGGAAAACUGGGCACUUUAAGUUUAAUACUGGUUUACCCUUGAAGACGCUGGUCAUUUGCUGGGGUCCCUAUUGCCUCCUGUGCUCCUACGCAGCAGUGGAGAAUGUGAUGUUCAUUCCACCGAAAUACCGCAUGAUUCCUGCCCUUAUUGCCAAGACUGCACCAACAGUGGAUGCCUUUGUAUAUGCCCUGGGAAAUGAGAACUACAGAGGAGGAAUAUGGCAGUUCCUCACAGGACAGAAGAUUGAGAAAGCAGAGGUUGAUAACAAAACUAAAUAA